CCUCAAGAACAUCUUCCUCUUCUUUCUCGUUGAUGCACUGCUGCGUAGCGUAGCAGCAGCCCUGGCGUGCAAGGAUUCCAGAGAGAAGUCUCUCGGGCAAUGGAUGCUACAGUUCCAGAACGGCGAGUCCGGAUCUCGCGCAUUGCAGGCCGGUACCUCAUCUUCGACAUUGAAGAUGUCGUCUACAUUCGCCGCCACCACGGCAUCUGCGCGGUUUUGACAGGUACCAUGCCGCAGAACCCAACGCAGAACCUCUUUCUUGGCCUCCCCGUCGAGCUGCACUCCGAAGAAGCCAAGCUGCUGGUUGACAAGGGCGUCGGCUAUAUCGCUGAUGAGCUGACCGACCACCUGUCUCGGCUUUCUAUCAUGGAUGGAAACUUACGCAAGGCCUACCUCCAACACAUCAAGCAGCAGCGCAGGAACGCGCAGCAAGCCUUCGAGGAGGAGAAGGCAAAGAUCCAGGCCAAGCAUCAAGCGAAGCGCAAAGCAGCAGCCAAGCCAAAUCCCACCGUCACAACCAACCCAGAAGAGGCAUCUGCCAUAGCAGAGAGCGGGCCCUCCUUGUUUGACCCAUCAAUGUCUCCCAACCCAGCAAAAGAAACCCGUCCCAAAGAAACCCUUCCCCCCUCCAUCACGCCUACCACCAGCGCUCACCUUCUGCCCAUCCCGUCCAAUCCCGUCAGCACAGCAGUAGACCCCUCUUCGUCGUCUUACCCGCUGUACAAAUAUCUCAACUCCAGGGGGUAUUACACCACGCCCGGCCUCCGCUUCGGCGGAGAUUACAGCGUAUACCCGGGGGAUCCAUUCCGGUACCAUGCUCACCACAUGGCCAACAGCUACGGGUGGGACGAGGAGAUCCCCAUGCUGGACCUCGUGAUGAGCGGGCGACUGGGCACAGCGGUGAAGAAGAGUUUCCUUUUUGGAGCGGAGAAGCCUGGAAAGGAGGUCGGCGGCGCUGCUAAGGAGGAAGGAGGGCACGGUGAGGUGAGGGUCUUUUGUAUCGAGUGGGCUGGUAUGUGACAGAUUCGAGUAGCCGAGAUAAAUGAUACCCAUGUUUACU